ACCCUUCAGACGCUCAUACUUUCGUUAACCCGCACACCACACCUCCCCACCACCAGUCUUCCUUUCUCCAAGUCUCCCACCAACACCAUGUCUUCACCCCAACAACCCUGGCAGGUCCUCGCCCAAAAGAAACGCGACUCCACCCUCGCCCUAAUUCCCCCCUCAUGGCGUAUCCCCAACCUGCCAUCCAUCCAAGACCAACUCGACGUAACAGGAUCCUACACACACCAAUUCCUAUCCCAGACGGAAAUCGAAAUCACAGAAACCACGCCAGAAGCCAUCCUGUCAAAAACCACAACGGGACUCUGGAAAGCCGAAGACGUGACCCGAGCAUUCUGCCACAGAGCCGCACUAGCGCACCAGCUGGUGCACUGCCUGCACGAGAUCUUCUUCGAUGCGGCUAUCGAGGAUGCAAAAGGUUUGGAUGCUUAUUAUGCCGAGCACGGGAAGCCGGUGGGGCCGUUGCAUGGGCUUCCUGUGUCGUUGAAGGAUCAGUUCCAUGUCAAGGGCGUGGAGACGACCAUGGGGUAUGUGGGGUGGAUAGGGACGUUUGAAGGGAAGAAGGGGACGGGGAAUGAGAAGGCGUAUGAGAGUGAGUUGGUGGGGAUUCUGAGGAGGGCUGGGGCGGUGCUGUAUGUCAAGACUAGCGUGCCGCAUACGCUGAUGAUGGCCGAGACGGCGAAUAAUAUCGUCGGGUAUACUUUGAAUCCGCGGAAUCGGAGACUGACUUCGGGGGGGAGCAGCGGUGGGGAGGGAGCGCUGAUUGGGAUGAAAGGAUCGCCCUUGGGAUUCGGUACAGACAUCGGCGGCUCGAUCCGCAUCCCCGCGGCCCUGAAUGGCCUCUAUGGCCUCCGCCCCUCCUCCUCCCGCCUCCCCUACCACGGCCUAGCAAACUCCAUGGACGGCCAAUCCUCCAUCCUCUCCGUUGUAGGUCCCUUAUCCCCCACCCCGACCGGUCUACGCAUCGCCGUCGAAACAAUCCUGCAAGCGCAACCCUGGCUGGUCGACCCCCUCGUCAUCGAAAAACCCUUCUCGACAUCCACCUACCUCAACGCCCUUGCCCCUAAAACGCCACUAUGCUUCGCGGUGAUGGAGACAGACGGGGUAGUGAACCCCGUAUCUCCUAUCCUGCGGGGUAUUCGGAAAGUAGCGAGCACGCUGGAGAAGCACGAUCAUAAAGUGAUUAAGUGGACGCCUCCAUCUCACAGCACGCUCAUCGAUCUAGCCAUGCGCGUCUUCACGCUGGACGGCGGGUCGGAUAUGCGGUCUGCCUUUGCGCUUUCUGAUGAACCCCCCGCCCCGCAACUCUCCUUCCUUGCUGACAUCUCCGGUGCUCCUGAGAAACUCGCGUCGGAGGUUGCCGAGGUCAAUGUCGCGCUCCGUGAGGCGAGGAAGAAUUACCUUGAUUACUGGGUAAGUACGACUGAACUUACAGGAACGGGACGACCGGUUGAUGCGGUGAUUUGUCCGCUUGCACCGACGCCGGGGGCGAGGAGGGAGGGGUAUAAAUAUGUUGGGUACAGUGCGUGGGUGAACAGUUUGGAUUUGACCGGGACAGUGCUGCCAGUUGGAAGUGUUGGGGAUGACGAGAAAGAGAAGGAGGAGGAAGGGAGGUAUGAGGGGCUUGGGGAGAUGGAUCGGGAGAUUCAUGAUAGCUAUGAUCCGGAGUUCUUCGCAGGCGCUCAUUGUAGCGUGCAACUGGUAGGUCGACGACUGCAGGAGGAAACUAUGCUUGGGCUCGUGGAAUACGUCAGUGGGCUUCUGAAGUCCAACCCCUAG